AUGAUGGUAGAUGCAAGUACUCAGACUAUGUCAUAUUGUGAAUCUCAACUACCAUCACAUACGAGUACAAUCACAGAAAAAGCGAACGUAAAGGAUGAAAAAGAAGGAAAUGCUAUAGAUUUCGAUUCAGCGAUUCUAUCCAUCGGUCGAGCUCAGAGCAAUCAAGUACGCAGCCGAGUACUCUUUUUGCAGUUAUUUCAUCCUUCGAACAAUCAGUCAGAUGAUUUAUUUUGUACAUUUAAGUGUAGAGAUCAAACGUAUGCUGGUAAUCAACAGAUGAUCAAUGUAGUUGAUCAAAUGAUUGCUCAGCCACACGUUUCUUAUUCGCUAUUGCCAAAACAUUUCAAACCAAAACAACAAGUCACACAGUUGAAAGAUUCGAAUCGAAAAUAUCAAUCAUGGUACUAUGAAUAUUCAUACCAGAGUUCACGUGGUAGAUUGAAAUCAAAAUGUAUCACUGACGAUCAUCGUAGAAAACUAAACAAUAGUUGA